AUGAAUUUCUUAGCCCGAGCACUCAAAGCAAAAUGUUCACUAUUUACCCAUUCCUCACAGAGGCGUCUACUAAUCCCACACCCAGUAGCUAUUCUCCACCAUUCUUCACUCUACGCCACAAAAACCCCAAAAUCCAGAAAACCCACAACCCUCGAACCUCAACAGUCAUCAUCGUCAUCUUUAGAAUCGACUGAAUGGCCACGGCCUAGUGAGAUUCCAUGGCAAUCAAAGGUUGUUAAUACGGUGAAUUUGAUUGGCAAUGUUAAAAUUCCUGUACAGUUCCAAGCUUCUCCAGACGGCAAGUACUGGGCUGGCACUGUUAUUGCACAAAACGAUUCUGUUUCUUCUGAUUUUCCGUCUUUCUGGAUUCCUGUAAUAUUUGAAGGUGAUCUAGCGCACAUUGCUGCAUGUCAUCUGAAAGAAAAAGAUCGUGUUUAUAUAGCUGGACACCUUAGUGCAGAUCCUCCACCAUUUACAUUAAGUCAAGGUCAAGCUAAUGCACAGAGGCGUCUACUAAUCCCACACCCAGUAGCUAUUCUCCACCAUUCUUCACUCUACGCCACAAAAACCCCAAAAUCCAGAAAACCCACAACCCUCGAACCUCAACAGUCAUCAUCGUCAUCGUUAGAAUCGACUGAAUGGCCACGGCCUAGUGAGAUUCCAUGGCAAUCAAAGGUUGUUAAUACGGUGAAUUUGAUUGGCAAUGUUAAAAUUCCUGUACAGUUCCAAGCUUCUCCAGACGGCAAGUACUGGGCUGGCACUGUUAUUGCACAAAACGAUUCUGUUUCUUCUGAUUUUCCGUCUUUCUGGAUUCCUGUAAUAUUUGAAGGUGAUCUAGCGCACAUUGCUGCAUGUCAUCUGAAAGAAAAAGAUCGUGUUUAUAUAGCUGGACACCUUAGUGCAGAUCCUCCACCAUUUACAUUAAGUCAAGGUCAAGCUAAUGCACAGUAG